AUGGGUGUGUUGGCCGCCCAUGGCCUGCUGAAGCUUUUGGGUUGGAUUUCAAAAUUGGUCUUUUUACCCCAGACACAUGCCACUCCACAUUUUGUGCCAGAGAAGGGAAAGGGGCAUGCGUGCUCCGGAAACAGGGCCUAUCUUCUAGCACAUUUCUCCUCCGAGGUGGAAGACGAUCCAGACAGCAGCAAGGAGUAUGGGUUGAAGAGGGAAAGGCUGGAGGCAGCUAGACCAGCCAUGCUGCUCUUUUUCUCAGCAAAUGCACAAGGGAUUUAUCAACAGGUCAUGGAAGCCAGCCUCCAGGCUUCCGAAAGGCUAGGUGUCCGGAAUUCUCCACCUGCUGCGGGAACAGUGGCUGGGCUGGACCGAGCCGGCUCCUCCUCCUCCUCCUCCUGUCGGGGCUGCGGCCCCCCGACCACGGCCGCCCCUCCCCGCCUCUCGGCUUCUGGCGCAGAGGGCGCGGAGCCCAGCGACUACCUGCGGUCCCGCUACCGGGAGAUGCGCAAACUGGUGCACGAUCUCCUUCCUCCUGGGGUCUGCAAUCUUCUAAACCCUGCAGCUAUCUAUGCAAAUAAUGAGAUCAGCCUGGGGGAUGUGGAGAUCUAUGGCUUUGAUUAUGAUUAUACACUGGCCCAGUACUCUAAUUUAUUGCACUCGAUGAUAUUCAACGCCGCCAGAGACAUCUUGAUAGAGCAGUAUAAGUAUCCAGAAGGAAUCAAAAAGUAUGAUUACAUUCCUGGAUUUGCCGUCCGCGGUCUUCACUAUGAUGUUCAGAAGAGCCUUCUGAUGAAGAUUGAUGCUUUCCAUUACGUCCAGUUGGGAACAGUGUAUAGGGGCCUUCAGCCCGUCCCUGACGAGGAGGUGAUUGAGCUGUAUGGAGGGACUCAGCACAUCCCGCUGUACCAGUUGAGUGACUUCUAUGGCAAGGGCCCCGCCAUCAAGCAGUUCAUGGAUAUCUUCUCUCUCCCCGAGAUGACUCUGCUCUCCUCAGUGGUUGAUCAUUUCAUCACCCACAACAUUGAGUUUGACCAGGUUCACCUCUUCAAGGACAUCACUGAUGCCAUCAAGGACGUUCAUGUGAAGGGAAUGAUGUAUCAGUGGAUUGAGAAGGACAUGGAGAAGUUCAUCCUCCAUGGGGACGAGACUUUUGCCGUCCUGAACCGCCUGCUCAACCACAACAAGAAGCUAUUUCUCAUCACCAACAGUCCCUUCAGCUUUGUAAAUAAGGGGAUGAAGCACAUGGUUGGCAAGAACUGGCGAGAGCUCUUUGAUAUGGUCAUCGUCCAAGCUGACAAGCCAAACUUCUUCACCGACCGACGCAAACCUUUCCGAAAACUGGAUGAAAGUGGCUCGCUUCAGUGGGACAAGAUUAAUCGCCUGGAGAAGGGAAUGAUCUACCGCCAGGGAAACUUGUUUGACUUUUUGAGGCUGACUGGCUGGCGGGGAUCCCGGGUGCUGUAUUUUGGGGACCAUCUGUACAGUGACUUGGCGGAUCUGAUGUUGCGACACGGCUGGAGGACGGGAGCCAUCGUGCCCGAGCUGGAGACGGAGAUCCGCAUCAUCAACACGGAGCAGUACAUGCACUCGUUGACCUGGCAGCAGGCCCUCACCGGCCUCCUGGAGAGAAUGCAGAUGCACCAAGAUGAAAAGUCACGACAGGUGCUGAUGGCUUGGAUGAGAGAGCGCCAGGAGAUGAGGUCUCUCACCAAGAACCUCUUCAACCCCCAGUUUGGGAGCAUCUUCCGCACCUUCCACAAUCCCACCUACUUCUCGCGACGGCUGGUCCGCUUCUCUGACCUGUACAUGUCGUCCAUCAGCUGCCUGCUCAACUACAAUGUCAACUUCACCUUCUACCCCCGGCGCACGCCACUGCAGCACGAAGCACCCCUCUGGAUGGACCAGCUCUGUACGGGAUGCAUGAAGACCCCCUUUCUGGAGGAGAUGGUGCACAUCCGCUGAGGAGCCGGGAGGGUUCUUUGCCCUGCUUCCCCGGCGUCUUCGUCCCACGCGCUCAUAUGCUAGAU